UCUGCUGUGACAGGCUGCUCAAGACAGCAGGAAGGGGACGUGGCCUGCGGCUAAGUUCUGCUCUCUUGGAGAGCCAGGAGUGUGUCACCGAAAAUAACUCAAGGUUGGAGAACGCCAGGGUCCCUGCCCGGGCCCUCCAAAAUCUCUCUCCCCCAUCUGCCUCGGAAUUAGGUUUUCCUCGGGACACCUGAAGCUGGAGCUGACGGUUUCUAUUCUGUGCUAGAAGUUUCUGUUUUCUUGCAGUGCCAUGGCGCGGGGUAUUUGCCCGCUCUGUUCUCCACGUCCGCAGCCCCCAGCGCAGUGCCAGGCUCCUAAGAGGCACCGAAAUGUUUGUCGGGUAACCGAGUGGAGGAUGGGUGAGUCGCAUUGUUGUAAAGAUGCAUUACCCACGUUACUGUAUGUAAAGCAUUCGGCAGGGUCGCCAGCACCUUAUUAUUAUUGCCGCUGCUGUUUGUUAGAUGGGAGUCGUGCAGAUCCCUCAGCCUCUCCGGCUGUCUCUCCGUCUGUAAAACCAGCAGCUCGAAUCACUGGAUGGUCCCUGGGCUUCCUUCAGUCUGUAAAAAGUCUGCACUUGCAGGACCUUCGUGCCCCCAGAUGCUCAGCCACGGAAGUUCUUCCCAAAGCCCACCUGAAACUUCUCAGUAGCAGCUCUGCUGGGCUUGGGGGUGCUGAGCACCCCUUGGGAGGCAGCUCUUCCUCUGUUUCCUUUGACAGAUCAGCACGGGGCGCAGCUGGGAGACCGUGAGUCAGCUCACUACUUCUUAGAACGGUUUCCAUUCAGAUACUUCUGUGUUUUAUUUUAAUUGGCUUUUGACGUGCCGUUUCAUAACGUUUUAUUGUGUUCAAUAGAGGCGAUUCGUUAUGUGCAUAAUUAGAAGCCGUUGAUUUUAACUUCUUUGGUAAGAGUUUUCACGGAAAAAAAGUUCGGCAAAUGAAAAUUUUGCCGCACCGGGUGCCUUGAUUUGGGGUUUUGGACACAUGGUCCUUGGAGGUGAAGGUUGACACUGCCCUGUCCUGGGUGGGGCUCUGGUCCCUGGCCUUGGACAUUCCCUACAGGAACAGGGUCAUACACCUCAGAGGGCCCUGGGAGCAUCUGUUUUAGGGGCUCAGGUUGACAGGACUAAGACAGCCUUCACAGGGUCUGGACCUUUUCUCUCAGAAUCCCCCUCUGAAAGAAGCAUCCUGGAACCCCUUGUUUCCUCAUAGCUGACUCUGUGGGGGAAGUUUCAGAGGUAAAGCCAGCUUCACACUCCUGGAAUUUGGUAUUUGGUAUUCACUGAGUAACAGGGAUGGCCUCGGAGGAGGGGAGAGGGACAGGUCUGGCCAGUUCUGUGGUGUUGUUUAUACUUGAGAUUACCUCACAGGUCCCAACCCGCUUCCCCGCCCCAUCUGGUGGGGGCUGGCCCUCAGCCUGCCAGCCCCCUUUGCCCACAUGCCGGGGAAGCCAGGGGCCAACAUGGAUCUCCCUGUGGACAUCAGCUGAAUCUGGAAGCCUCACCCCUCAGGAGACGAUGGAAAGGGACGGCAGCCGGAAUGCUUCCCCGGCAGGGACGUCUCCAGCCCGGGCAUCCCCUUCCAGGUCAGCAUCCGGCAGGUCAUUGUCCGUCAGGUCAGCCUCCACGGCCUCCUCUCCGACGAGAGUGUACCUUGUUAGAGCAACACCAGUGGGGGCCGUGCCCAUCCGGGCAUCUCCUGCCAGGUCGGCCCCAGCCACCAGGGAGAGCCCAGGUGUCAGCUUGCCCAAGUUCACCUGGCAGGAGGGCCAGAAGCGGCUGCCACUCAUCGGAUGUAUCCUCCUCCUCAUCGCCCUCGUGGUGUCGCUCAUCAUCCUCUAUGGGGGAAGAGAGCCCCAGAGUCCAAGAGGGAUGGCAGUCUACUUCUGGCGGGGCCACACAGGAAUCAAGUACAAGGAGCCAGUGGAGAGCUGCCCCAUACAUGCCGUGCGCUGUGAUGGGGUCGUGGACUGUAAGCUGAGAAGUGAUGAGCUGGGCUGUGUGAGAUUUGAUUGGAACAAGUCUCUGCUUAAAGUCUACUCUGGAUCCUCCCAUCAGUGGCUUCCCAUCUGCAGUGACAGCUGGAACGACUCCUACUCAGAGAAGACGUGCCAGCAGCUGGGUUUCAUGAGUGCUUACCGGACAACCGAGGUGGCCCACAGGGAUCUCACCAGCAGCCUCUCAAUCUCCAAAUACAACUCUACCCUCCAGGAAAGCCUCUACAGGUCUGAAUGCCCUUCCCAGCAGUAUGUCUCUCUCCAGUGUUCCCACUGUGGACUGAGGGCCAUGACCGGGCGGAUCGUGGGAGGGGCGCUGGCCCCAGAGAGCAAGUGGCCUUGGCAAGUGAGUCUGCAGUAUGGCACCACGCACAUCUGCGGGGGCACGCUGAUCGACGCCCAGUGGGUGCUCACCGCCGCUCACUGCUUCUUUGUGACCCGGGAGAAGAUCCUGGAGGGCUGGAAGGUCUACGCGGGUACCAGCAACCUGCUCCAGCUGCCUGCGGCGGCCUCCAUCUCCCAGAUCAUCAUCAAUGGCAACUACACGGACGAGGAGGACGACUAUGACAUUGCCCUCAUGCGGCUCUCCAAGCCCCUGACCCUGUCUGCUCAUGUCCACCCUGCCUGCCUCCCUAUGCAUGGACAGACCUUCGGCCUCAAUGAGACCUGCUGGAUCACAGGCUUUGGCAAGACCAAGGAGACAGAUGAGAAGACAUCCCCCUUCCUCCGGGAGGUGCAGGUCAACCUCAUUGACUUUAAGAAAUGCAAUGACUUCUUGGUCUAUGACAGUUACCUUACCCCAAGGAUGAUGUGUGCUGGGGACCUUCGGGGAGGCAGAGACUCCUGCCAGGGAGACAGCGGGGGGCCCCUGGUCUGUGAGCAGAACAGUCGCUGGUACCUGGCAGGAGUCACUAGCUGGGGCACAGGCUGUGGCCAGAGGAACAAGCCCGGUGUGUAUACCAAAGUGACAGAAGUCCUCCCCUGGAUCUACAGCAAAAUGGAGAGUGAGGUGCGCUUCCGGAAGUCCUAAGCAGCUGUCCUGUCCCACCUCACAGCCCUGGCUGCAUAAAGACUCUGGCCAAAGUGACUGGGCCAUUUGCAGUGUCAUCUGGGCCAAAGGUUCCGAGGCACCUGCGUCACUCUCACCUCCGCUGUCUACUGCCUCUGUGAAUGUGCACGUGUGUGUGUGUGUGUGUGUGUGUGCGCGCGCGCGCGCAUGUACGUGUGUAGUUGCUCUCCCAAGGUUUUCCAGAAACCAGGAGAGCUGUCAGCCCUUUCCAAACCCCAGGCUGGAAAGAACCUGGAGAUAACAGUUUGGGCGCUGUGGACCUUCCUGUAAGGGCGUCUGUCACGGAUGGAGGAGGUUGAGCCCAGACAGCGCCCAGAGGAAGGGCCUAGAAGAUCACAUCAGAAAUUCCUGCUCCUCGGACCCUGGCUCAGAGACUAGCCCAGACUGAGAAGCCACCAGCAUCGCCGCCGUCCUGGGAUGGAUUUGGGUGUCGUCGGAGUACCGGGGCCGUCCCCGGCGGGAAGGUGCCCCCCCCUCGGCAUUACAAGCAUCCUGCCCUUUCUCGGGCCUCCUGCGGGUGCCCUGGGUGUGGAGGGCUGACUGAGCGGUGGCUGCCCAGGCUGACAGCUGGCCGUGUGUGGUCACAGUAGCUACUGGGGCAGAUUUUUAUUGUAUUUUUAUAUUCAAGAAAUGGAACUGGAUGUAUUUUUAAAGAUUCUCCAAAACUUCCAGGAGCCUGAAGAGCUAACAUCCAUCACCCCAAACACUCCAAGAGACUCUUGGGGGCUGUACCAUUCCAGAGUCUUGCUGAGUGUUCCUGACAUCCAGGGACCCGAGGAAGGAGCCCCUUCGGGGCGCUUAGGGAAGAGCGUCCUUGCGUGGGCUGGCGGGCAGGUCAUCACAGAGAGCCACGACUGUCGCUGCGUCCAAGGGCUACACCCAGGGCGUGAAGACAUGGCUGCUGCUGCUUCUCCGUGGGCGUCGGAGCCCGGGGACAGUCCGGGUGGACAGACACCCCUCAUACCCAGCGCUGUCCCGGACCUGUCAGUUUCUCUCAGCCCCUCCGCCUUUCAGUUUCUCAGCUGCUUCAGAAACAGCACGGACACGAACGCUGCCAUGGAGAGAGGGUGGACACUGUCCCCAGGCCCUCCAGAUAGCCGUCGUGAAGGAUGUGAGUUGCUGUGCUCCUGUAAGUUGUCCGUGUGCCUGGCCUCCGUGUCAGCUGGAGGUCUGGGCCUCCCUCAGCCUUUCCUGGCCCGUCCAGUUCUCCUCACUUUCCUGGGUCUCGCCUGGUGAUACUAGGACUCCCAGAGGCAGGGUCCAAGCAGGGCAGCCCAGCCCAGCUCAGGCAGGUGGCUGCCCGGGGGCUAGACCGCCCAGGAAGAGCAAGGCUGGGCAGAGCCCGAGGGGGCUGGUUGCAUGGUAUCGAGGCCGGGGGUCCGGGAGGGCAACGUUCAUGUCCACGGCAUCCCCAGCAAUAGUUUUCAGCAAUAAAAGUUGUGUGACCCGAAAAA